CAGGUACUGAACCAGGUGCAUCCUAACCUGGUGUCCCAGCAGGAGGCGCUGCAGUACAUCGAGGAGCUGAUCCUGCUGCUGCUCAGCAUGUUGUGUCAGGCUCAGCCUCGCAGUGUGCAGGACGUCGAGGAGCGCGUCCAGAAGAGUUUUCCUCACCCGAUCGAUAAGUGGGCGAUUGCUGAUGCGCAGGCCGCCAUCGAGAAGAGGAAGAGGAGGAACCCGCUGGCUCUACCUGUUGACAAGAUCCACCCCCUGCUCAAGGAGGUGCUGGGCUACAAGAUCGACCACCAGGUGUCAGUUUACAUGGUGGCCGUGUUGGAGUACAUCUCAGCUGACAUCCUGAAGCUGGCAGGAAACUAUGUGAGGAACAUCAGACACUACGAGAUCUCCAAGCAGGACAUCACUGUGGCCAUGUGUGCAGACAAGGUGCUGAUGGACAUGUUCCACCAGGACGAGGAGGACAUCAGCGGCUUCCCUCUGAUGGAUGAGGAGCCGUCGGCCAAUGAGGAGCAGAGUUACUACGAGCUGGUGCGGAGCUUCAUGGCGGAUGGUAGACAGUACCUGAGGCAGCUCAACCUGCUCAUCAAGGUGUUCAGGGAGCCGUUCAACUCCAGCCACAUGCUCUUCUCCCAGCACGAUGUGGACAGUAUCUUCAGCCGGAUCGUGGAUAUCCACGAGGUGACGGUGAAGCUGCUGGGUCUGAUCGAGGACACGGUGGAGAUGACUGAUGAAGGAAGUCCUCACCCUCUUGUGGGGAGCUGCUUCGAGGACCUGGCUGAGGAGUUAGCCUUCGACCCCUAUGAGACGUACACACAGGACAUCCUGCGCUCUGGUUUCCAUGAACACUUCCUGAGUCAGGUGUCCAAACCCGGAGCCUCCUUCCAUCUGCAGUCCAUCUGUGAAGGUUUUAAAGAGGCUGUUCAGUACGUUCUGCCCAGACUGCUGCUCACUCCUGUUUACCACUGCCUGCACCUGUUCGAGAUCCUCAAGCAACUGGAGGAAAAAAGUGAGGAUGAGGAGGAUAAAGAGUGUCUGAAACAGGCCAUCACCGCUUUGCUCAACCUGCAGAGCAGCAUGGAGAGGAUCUGCUCCAGGAGCCUCGCCAAGAGAAGGCUUAGUGAGUCGGCGUGUCGCUUCUACAGCCAUCAGAUGAAGGGGAAGCACCUGGCCAUCAAGAAGAUGAACGAGAUCCAGAAGAACAUCGACGGCUGGGAGGGCAAGGACAUCGGCCAGUGCUGCAACGAGUUCAUCAUGGAGGGCACGCUGACCCGCGUCGGCGCCAAGCACGAGCGCCACAUCUUCCUGUUUGAUGGCCUGAUGAUCUGCUGCAAGUCCAACCACGGUCCGCCACGGCUGCCCGGCGCCAGCUCCACCGCAGAGUACCGGCUCAAAGAGAAGUUCUUCAUGCGCAAGGUCCAGAUCAACGACAAGGACGACAAGGAGGGCGAGUACCGGCACGCCUUCGAGAUCAUCCUGAAGGACGGGAACAGCGUCGUGUUUGCCGCCAAGUCUGCUGAGGAGAAGAACGGCUGGAUGGCGGCGCUGAUCUCGCUGCAGUACCGCAGCACGCUGGAGCGCAUGCUGGACUCGGCCAUGUUGCAGGAGGAGAAGGAGGAGCAGAUGAGGCUGCCGGGAGCUGAGGUGUACCGCUUCGCAGAACCCGACUCCGAGGAGAACGUUGUGUUUGAGGAGAACGUCCAGUCCAAGUCCGGGAUCCCCAUCAUCAAAGCAGGGACGGUCCUGAAGCUGAUCGAGAGACUCACCUUCCACAUGUAUGCAGAUCCGAACUUCGUGCGGACCUUUCUGACCACCUACAGGUCGUUCUGUAAACCUCAGGAGCUGCUGGACCUGCUCAUGGAGAGGUUUGAGAUCCCAGAGCCGAGGCCGACCGAAGUGGAUCAGAUGGAGGGAGGAGAGCAGCCGCUCAGCGCUGAACUGAAACGCUUCCGGAAAGAGUUUGUUCAGCCGGUGCAGCUCAGGGUGCUGAAUGUAUGUCGACACUGGGUGGAACAUCACUUCUACGACUUUGAGAGAGAUGCUCACCUGCUGAGUCGCCUGGAGGAGUUCAUUUCUUCAGUCAGAGGUAAGGCGAUGAGGAAAUGGGUGGAGUCGAUCACAAAGAUCAUCCAGAGGAAGAAGCAGGUUCAGGUGAGCGUGCCCAGUCACAGCAUCACCUUCCAGAACUCUCCGCCCCCCAUCGAGUGGCACAUUUGUAAACCAGGAAACAUUGAGCAGUUUGACCUCAUGACGCUGCACCCCAUCGAGAUUGCGCGCCAGCUCACCCUGCUUGAGUCCGACUUCUACAGGGCGGUGCAGCCGUCUGAGCUGGUCGGCAGCGUCUGGACCAAAGAGGACAAAGAGAUUCACUCGCCCAACCUGCUAAGGAUGAUCCGACACACCACCAACCUCACGUUGUGGUUUGAGAAGUGUAUUGUAGAAACGGAGAACCUGGAGGAACGAGUCGCAGUUGUUUCUCGGAUCAUAGAGAUCCUGCAGGUCUUUCAGGAACUGAACAACUUUAACGGCGUUCUGGAGGUUGUCAGUGCGAUGAACUCUUCACCUGUCUACAGACUGGACCACACCUUUGAGCAAAUUCCGAGUCGACAGAGGAAAAUCCUGGAGGAGGCUCAUGAGCUGAGUGAGGAUCACUACAAGAAGUACUUAGCCAAGCUGCGCUCCAUCAACCCUCCCUGUGUGCCCUUUUUUGGAAUCUACCUGACCAACAUCCUGAAGACGGAGGAGGGAAACCCUGACUUCCUGCGCCGCCACGGCAAAGACCUGAUCAACUUCAGCAAGAGGCGGAAAGUGGCUGAGAUCACUGGAGAAAUCCAGCAGUAUCAGAACCAGCCAUACUGCUUAAGGGUCGAGGGCGACAUCCGGAAGUUCUUUGAGAACCUGAACCCAAUGGAUGACCUGUCAGAGAAGGACUUCGCUGAUCACCUGUUCAACAAAUCUCUGGAAAUCGAGCCGAGAAAUGCCCGCUCGCUCCCACGAUUUGUGAAGAAGUACACCUGUCCACUGAAGUCUCCAGGCAUCCGCCCCACUUCUGCCAGGCCCGGCACCAUGCGACACCCGACGCCGCUGCAGAGCGAGCCGAGAAAGAUUAGCUACAGUCGCAUCCCUGACAGCGAGGCUGAGGGCGGUGCAGUCUCCGCCCCCAACUCUCCCCGCACGCCCCUGACUCCGCCCCCUGCCUCCGCCGCCUCCAGCUCCACUGAUGUAGGCAGCGUGUUCGAUUCACCACAGGGUCCGAGCAGCCCUUUCCACUCCACCUGCGACAGUAUCUUUGCUGUGGUCUCUCUGCCUCACGGUCCACGUUAG